AUGUCUGAGAUCGAUCAGAUGCACGGCUCCAAGGAGCUCGACAACAACCAGAUGGUCAACACUGCCGGCGAGCGCAGACGGGCCGCCCUCGCCGAGAUCGACGAUGCUCCCUUCGGUUGGAGGCAGGUCAAGGUCUGCCUCGUCGCCGGAGUCGGCUUCUUCACUGACGCAUACGACAUUUUCUCGAUCAACAUCGCUGCCCUGGCAAUCGGCUAUGUCUACCACGCACCUACCGGCGCCAACGGUACUGUCGGUGGCGCUAGCACAGCCAACCAAGACCUCGGUAUCAAGGUAGCUCACUCGGUCGGUACCCUCUUCGGUCAGCUCUGCUUUGGUUACUUGGCGGACCGGAUCGGUCGCAAGAGAAUGUACGGUAUUGAACUCAUCAUCAUCAUCAUCGGUACUCUUGGUGUCGCCGUCGCUGGCGCCGCUCCCGGUGUUUCCAUCUACGGUGUCAUCAUCAUGUGGCGGUUCGUCAUGGGUGUGGGAAUUGGCGGAGACUAUCCCUUGUCUGCGGUCAUCACCUCCGAGUUUGCGGCAAAGCGUAUCCGGGGUCGCAUGAUGGCUGCCGUCUUCAGUGCCCAGGGCUGGGGAAACUUGGCCGCCGGUAUCGUCGCUCUCAUUGCCAUUGUCGCCCUCAAGAACUCGGUCCUGGCCGACAACCCAGCCUACUACGUCUCGGUCGACCAAUUCUGGCGGAUCGUCAUCGGGAUGGGUAUGGUCCCCGCCGUCAUCGCCCUCUACUUCCGUCUGACCAUUCCCGAGACCCCGCGGUACACUAUGGAUGUGGAGCGCAACAUCACUCAGGGCGCCAACGAUGCCAACCAGUACCUCGCCACCGGGACUUUCAACAAGGACCCGGACGCAGCGGUCGUCGAGCGCGCGGAGAUGCCCAAGGCUAGCUGGAAGGACUUUUGCCACCACUUUGGGCAGUGGAAGAAUGGGAAGGUGCUGUUCGGGACCGCUUUCUCCUGGUUCGCCCUUGACGUCGCUUUCUACGGUCUCGGUCUGAACUCUUCCACCAUCCUCACCACCAUCGGCUUCGGAAACUACACCACCGGCGCCGACGUCCAGACCAACAUCUACCAGUCAAUCUACAACUCCUCCGUCGGCAACAUCAUCCUUGCCGUCGGCGGUCUCAUCCCGGGCUACUACGCCACGAUGCUCCUCGUCGACAAGUGGGGACGCAAGCCUAUCCAGCUCAUGGGUUUUGCCGUGCUUACUGCCAUCUUCAUCUGCAUGGGCUUCGGCUACGAGAAGCUGAUCGCUUCCAACGAGGGCAAGAAGGCAUUCGUCUUCCUGUACUGCUUGGCCAACUUCUUCCAGAAUUUCGGACCCAACACUACCACCUUCAUUGUUCCCGGAGAGGUCUUCCCUACCCGCUAUAGGUCCACCGCACACGGCAUUUCCGCCGCCUCGGGAAAGCUCGGUGCUAUCGUCGCUCAAGUCGGCUUUUCUCGGCUCAAGGACAUAGGUGGUACGAACGCGUUUAUCGGACAUAUACUCGAGAUCUUCGCCCUCUUCAUGUUACUCGGAUUUUUCGCCACCCUCCUCAUUCCCGAGACAAAGGGUAUGUCCCUGGAGGAUCUGUCGAACGAGGAUCAGUCCGACUUUGUGGGCGGGUCCAAGAUCGCCCAUGUCAGGGAGGAGAGGAGCAGCGGGAGUCUCUAG